CCUAUUUUUGUCUGUGUUUUGUUUUUGCAUCAUUUCCAGUUUUUGUUUGUUACUUUGGCAAAGUUUCGAUGUUUCUGUUCUCACGUUUCAACAUUAGUUAACAACUAAGAACAAGGUCGAUCUGGAACGAGUUUUAGCUUUAAUGACUGAAGUUGAUAUCAUUUUAUAUUUGAGCUCAUUUUCAGCUAACUCGUAUUUAUUUUUUAGCUCUUCGUGACUUAUCAGCAGACGUUUGUCCUCACAGCCGGUUCUAAGGUAUUCAGUCUACCUGAGUUAUUACGACUAACUAGUAACUAGAUCCAUUUACCAUCUUUGUCUUUUAGACAGUUUGACUGAACACAGUUACCUUUGAGUUAACAUUCAGAUAUUUUCUAUCUUCCUUUGUAAAGAACUGUUAAGUAUUAGCUGUUGUGCUAACUUUGGCUUGUUUAUAUUUUCCACCACAGGCCCGACGGGCGACAGCGACAGCGACAGCGACAGCGACAGCGGCUCAGACCGUUCUCAGCAACCAGCAGCUCACCUGCAGCUGCUCCUCAUCUUCACACCUUCAUACAUCUGACUGCCUCCGACCUCCGACCUCCGACGAGUGCUGCACAACAUCAUGUCCACUGUGAGAGCGUGAGUGAGUGAGUGACCACGCAACAGUUUGGAACAAAUGACAGAAGAUUAGAGGCCGUUCCAGCAGCGGGAGAUCAGUCUAAUCUGAUUACGUCUGAGCUCUGAGAGAUGCUGUGAGCCGUUCCUCCUCUGAUGGAUUCUUAGAGCCGCUCCCAGAUCACACACAUCAGCAUCUUUCCUUGCGGGAAGUCGGAGUACGGGGGCCGGCAUGUGGCCCCCUGACCUGGGGCCUCCUGACGUCCAGCUGACUCUUCCCGGUUUUGGGAGCGUGUUUGAAGAUGCCGAGGAUCUCCAGGCCCCGCUGUCGUCCGGAGGCUUCUGUCAGGCGCCGGUACCUUCGGGCGGUAUGUGCUGCGUACCCAUGACGUCCCUGUCCCUGUCCUCCCUGGGGAGAGACCUCACGUCUUUACUGAACUGUAAGACCAAUGGGUUCCACCUGGAGAAGUCGGUGGAGGACUUCGCCACAACCGGAAACCAAGAACCCAAAACCAACCAGAGGUUCAGCUGUUACCCUCAGUCCUCCCUGCCUUUGUCCUACAUGCUGACCGGCUGUGCAACGUCUCCCACCUUUUGCACCCCCCCGCCCUCUGUGUCUUCUAACUCCACCUCCUCCUCCUCUUUGUUCUUUCCCUCCUCCGUGCCUCCUGCCGACGCCAACACCAAAACAUCUCAACCACAGCACAAGCUUCAAGACGAGUAUCAGUCCAUCAAGCAGGAGCCGGCCGAUGACUUCCUGCCAUGCAAGACGGAACCGUUUCACAUGAACAACCAGCAGGGGGAGCUGUUUCACGUUGGUCAGCCCCUGGAACGCCACGACGCCCAGGACGGUACCCAGACACCUCUGCACUCGCCGAGGCUCAGCGGUGCGGUGGGCCAGGACCCCGGAGCGGAGCAGCAGGAGCAGCUUUGUCACUGGAUCGACUGCAGCGCUGCCCACAGCAGCCAGGAGGAGCUGGUGAGGCAUAUCGAGAAGGUUCACAUCGACCAGCGCAAAGGCGAGGAGUUUGCGUGCUUCUGGGCCGGCUGCGUGCGUCGCCACAAACCCUUCAACGCUCGCUACAAGCUGCUGAUUCACAUGAGGGUCCAUUCAGGAGAGAAACCCAACAAGUGUAUGUUCGAAGGCUGCUCCAAGGCUUUUUCCCGCCUGGAGAAUCUGAAAAUCCACCUGAGGAGCCACACGGGAGAGAAACCGUACAUCUGUCAGCACCCCGGCUGCCUGAAGGCCUUCAGCAACUCCAGCGACCGGGCCAAGCACCAGCGAACACACCUGGACACGAAGCCCUACGCCUGUCAGAUCCCAGGCUGCACCAAACGCUACACCGACCCCAGCUCGCUGAGGAAACACGUCAAAGCCCACUCUGCCAAAGGCCUGCAGGAGAGAGAGGUGAAGGUUCAGGUGCACUCCAUGCUGGAGUCGGACGUUCUGACCGACUGUUUGGCCAAGCAGCACCUGCAGAACCCGUCCUCCCUCCAGGGGAACGGCCCAGCAGCAGCGCCGGCCUUAGACGACUUCACAGGUGUUUACUCCACCAACAACAACAACAACAACAACAGCAGCGUACACACCCGGCCAAACUCGGAGUUUCUUCCUCCGUCCAGCGACACCAGGUUUCAGACCUUGGAGGGAAACUUCGAGGCCCACAGCCCCAUCGCGUCACGUCCAGGGAGUGUGAGGGAGGGGAACAGGUCCACGUCCAUGUUCAUGUCCUCAGACGUCACUGCGUCUUCAGACAGAGCAGACGUCCGACUGCAGGCCUACCACAAACCCUACAGCCACCAACAGCAGGUGAUGUCACAGCAGCACGCUGGAUGUCUGUACGAUGAAGGGAAGGUGGUUCAGCCCGGCAGUGACGGAGGAUUUGAACCCAGCGCCUACUUCACCACCCCGUCCACCUGCCACGCCACAGGGUUUGACUUGUUGCAGGACCUGCAGGGACAGGCAGGGGGCGGUGGCUACUCCAUGUCUCCCUGCCCCGAUGACAGCUUCCUGUUCCAGGGGGAAGGCGUCGACCGCUGUCUCAAUCAGAUCUACUCGAUCUAUCUGGACUCAUGAUCCCAGCCCUGCACCACAUCAUCACAUCAACUUUUUUUUUUUUUUUUUUUUGAUGAGCGACGACUCUGUGAACUCAAAGCCUCGUCGUUCUCGUUCCCCUCGGAGGCUUUAACUGAAAACAAUCAAAAGAACUAAACUCACAACAUGCUGGAAGCCAAGUGUCAAAGUGACCAAAGGAAACAAAUGUGCUGGAGUUCCAGACGUCAGCAGAUCAUCAAAGAUCUCUGAGGUUCAGUUCUUUGCUGGUUCCCAAUCAUGAUAAUGUGAUGGAGGUGGACGUAGCCUCACGUCCCUCGUCCUUUUGUUACUUUUUUUUGUCUUUAUAUGUAACAUAGUGUUAAUAUAUUGGUCUUAUAAACAUUCUCUAAACUUCAAACACAGAUCAUUAACUAUUUGGGAGUUUACUGAACUUCAUCAGCCUCUGUGUCUGUGGAAGGGUUCAAACCGAUGACGUAUUAAACAGGAACACGUGGUGUUUAACACCUUCAAAGAAACAACUUCUAAAUUAUAGUGUUGUUAACUUCUCUGACUCAAAGUUAAAGUGAUUGUGAUUCCACUCUUGAAUGUAAGGCUACAGCUUGUUAGCACCAAUGCUAAUGAUUAUUAAGCUUUAUUUGUGGUGCAUCAUGUCAUUACAUGUGUUGGCACAGCAGAGCUUCUUUUUUUUGUAAUCUAAAAAUUCAUGGGUUCAUUUCCCCAGUCUAGAGUCCAAAGCGUCCCUGAAUGGACAAGUUGUCCAUCCAUCCCGUCUGUCCUUUGGUUAUGGUCCAAAGACCAGGUUAAAGGGAACGAAGUGAUGACUCCUUGAGGUGAAGAAGAAAGAGUAAAAAGGAAGUUAAAGUCCCGUCCAUUCUCUGCAGGAGUGGAACUGCAAAAGACCAAACUGAAGUAAACUGUAGCAAUACUGCCCCCAAGCGUCCGAUUGAAUGUAUAUACUACACCGAGGUGGACUUCAGAAAAAGAAAAAGACAAAGAACAGUUCUUUAGCACCGACGUACACACUAAUAGACUGUUGUACCUAUAAUCCAACAACAACGAACACGAAGUAUAAUCAAUCUUUCUGUUUUUAAUGUUGUCUCUGUUGCUUCAGCUUGUUCUGUGUCUAACAGCCGGCGUUUUCUCUGCAGGCCUUAAAGGAAGGUGUACUUUGUUUACUGACGUCAACAAAUGUACAUUGUUUACAAUACAAUUGUCUGCACUCUGUUCUAAACCGUUGACCAACAAGAAAAUGUUUACAUGGUCGGACUUUGUAGCAAGUCAGAGGAUUCUCAUCAGUGUUUUUAAAGUGUCUUUUGUAUCUGAAUAAAAUCACGGUUUGUACGCGUUGGUUUAUGA